GAAGUUUGCGUUUGAGGAUCACUUUUCUUCGUCGACGAACAAACAUCCCCCCCCCGGUCAAUCUCGCCGUGGGAAGCCGGCCACCGUUUUCGGCCCUGCGUGGUUGUUCUCUUGCAAGUAUUGAAGAAGUUUUACUCUAGGAACCAAUAUGUACAACGGAAUAGGGUUACAGACCCCUAGGGGAUCUGGUACAAAUGGAUACAUCCAGAGCAACAAGUUCUUUGUCAAGCCCAAGAUUAGCAAGGUUGCUGAAAACACCCGAGGGUAUGAGGCAGAUCAGGGUACCGCUGGUGUUACUAGGAAGCCUAACAGAGAGAUCCUUGAGCAUGACCGUAAACGUCAGAUUCCGCUGAAGCUGGUGAUCCUUGAAGAUAAACUUAUUGAUCAAGGUUACAGUGAUGCUGAGAUUGCUGAGAAACUGGAUGAGGCUAGGAAGAAAUUGGAAUUGGAGGCAGCUGCUGAGGAAAGUGAUGGACCUAUGCCUUUAUCAAUGGCAGAGAAAAAGGUUUCCGACACACAGACUCACCAAAUUGCUGCUAGAAAAGAAAAGCAAAUGGAAACUUUGAAAGCUGCACUUGGCAUAGCUUCAUCUGAAGUCAGUGAAAUGAAUGUAGAAGGAAAUGAUGAUGCUCCAAGAACUGGUCAAAAAGGUGGUCUUGAUGAGGAUGUCAAGUAUAAUUUGAAACGUGAACAUGCUUUUUUGGACAGAGAUUUCACUGGGAAGAAACAAAUGAUUGAAGGUCAAGACGUUGAAAAUGAUGACAAGAAGGGCAUCAAAGACUCAAGGCGCAAAAAGGGUCACAUUCAAAAGAGAAAGCCAGAGGAUGAUUCAUCUGAUUCAGAUAGCAGUAGGGAAGUGGAGAAGAGUGGUAGAAAGAGGCAUCACAAAGAAAAGAGGGAGAGUGAUGAUGAAUAUGAUUCUGAUAGUGAUGCUAAGAUGGCCAAGGUUUCAAAGAUAUCUAAUCAGCACAGGAGAGGCAAGGGUAGGAAAAGUGAUGAUUCAGAUCCUGUUUCUGAUUCUGGUUCUGAUUCUGACAGUAGUGAUUAUGGAAGUAAAAGAAAGGAGAAAUUUAAAAAAGCUUAUAGGAGACAUGAUUCUGACGAUGAUGAUAUGUUGAAGGAGGAGAAAAAAAGUGGACAUGGAAAGGAGAAGCAGAGAAAGAAAAGGCAUGAUUCUGAUGAUGAUGAUGACUCUGCUAAGGGAUCAUACUCUUCUACUGACGUGAGUGACAGUUACAGCGAUAGUGGCAGUGAAUCAGACAGUGAUUCUGCUGAUAACAGAUACAAGAGUGCCAGAAAAAGAGAAAUUCCUUCAAGAAAACGAAGUGGGCAUAGUAAGGAAGCAUAUGAAAGUUCUCGAAAGAGUGUUAAACGGUAUGAUGUGGAAGAGGAAAAAAUCAGAUUUGAUGCUGAUGGUUCUGAGGGGAAAGGAAGAGGUGGCAAAAAUGCCGAUGGCUUGAACUCAUUGAGAAAAUCAUACAGUAAUAAAGAGGAGGGAAAUUUUGUGGAGGGAUUGAAUAGUGGAAGUCAAGAAACGAUGGGAGGCAGGACCAAGCUUGGUGGGGACAGAGGUGGGGAGUCUGGUUUGAGACCAUGGAAUUCGGCAAGUAUAGAUGCAAAGCAUGAGGGUCAUGGAAAGUCAGGCAGGACUGAGUCUGAAUCAAAAUCUAAAAUGGUUAGUUGCAAAGAUGAAAGAUAUGAUUACUCAAGAUCAAGUAGGCUUAGAGGGUGUGAUGGUGAGACUGUUGAGCAUAGAGGCAGACGGGAUGGGAGGGACAUUGACUCCCGUUUUAGAGGGCGGAAUGGUCAAAAUGGUGAGGAUCAAAAACUAAGAAGGCAUGAACAGAAUGAUGACGAUUCAGGGGAAAGAAGCCACACAAGGAAUGAAGAUGAUCGGGGAACGAGAAAAUACAUGAGGGAUGAUGAUGAUCAUGGUGAAAGGAAGUACAGAAGGGAUGAGUAUGAUCGUGGAGAAAGAAAGCUUCGGAGGGAUGAUGAUGAUGUUGGAGAAAGGAGGCACGUAAAGGAUGGGGAUGAUAUUAGUGGAGAAAGAAAGCACAGAAGGGAUGAGGAUAAUAGUGGAGAAAGGAAGCGCAGAAGGGUUGGGGAUGAUCGUGAAGAAAGGAAGCGCAGAAGGGAUGGGGAGGAUCGAGAAGAAUGGAGGCACCGAAGGGAUGAGGAUGACCGAGAAGGAAGGGGGCACCGGAGGCAUGAGGAUGACCGUGGAGAGAGGAGGCACCGAAGGGAUGAUAAGCAGGAUAGGGAAGACAAAGAUGGGGGAAAUGGGAGGUAUGAGCGGGAGAGUUAUAGAGAUUACUCCAAGAGAUCCAGGUACUAAGAUUCAUGUAUUGAUGAUAGAGGCAUGAAAGUGACAAACAUGAUAAAAUACUGUUAAGGGGUUGAAAUUGUUUCCGUAUUGUCUUGCUGUGAUAUCGGGAGUGGUAGGCUGAUGCGAUCCCCCCUCCCCCCUUCCCCAAUCCUUGAAGCUGUACUUUGUUCCAUC